CCCCGCCCGGUUCGCCCCGUUCGCCCCGCGCCCGCGCACUUCCCAGUCCCUCCACGAGUCAUUUGCAUAUAAGGCGCGUCCUCCGGCGCUAUUUGCAUGGAGCCCGGGCGCCGCGCCGACGGGAUCCCGGGGAGCGUGGGCGGGCCCGGAGCGGCCUGAUUUGCAUGGGGGAGGCCUGCUCGCCGGGACCCUCAGGUGCCGCUUCCCCUUCCAGCGGCCUUCGCCGCCUUUCUUCCGAUUUCCGCGUGCCUUUUCCGGCGCCUGCCCGCGGCCGAGACAGGAUGCUCCCGAAGCGGCGGCGAGCGCAGGUCGGGGCCCCCGGCGACCCUGCCUCCUCCGAGGCGCGCUUCCCCGGCGUCGCCAUCUACCUGGCCGAGCCACACAUGGGCCGCAGCCGCCGGGCCUUCCUCACGCGCCUGGCGCUCUCCAAGGGCUUCCGGGUCCUGGAUGCCUACAGCUCUGAGGUGACACACGUGGUGAUGGAACAGACCUCAGCAGAGGAGGCCAGCCACUGGCAGGAGCACAGGGCGGCCACAGCCUCUCCCCAGCGAUGCUCCCGCCCGGCACUGCUGGACAUAAGCUGGUUCACAGAAAGCAUGGCAGCCGGGCAGCCGGUACCCGUGGAGUGCCGGCACCGCCUGGAGGUGGCUGCGCCCAGGAAAGGGCUGCCCUGCCCAGCGAGGAUGCUGCCCUAUGCCUGCCAGCGGCCCACACCCCUCACACACCACAACAGCAGCCUCUCUGAGGCCCUGGAGAUGCUGGCGGAGGCCGCAGGCUUUGAGGGCAGCGAGGGCCGCUUCCUCUCCUUCCGUAGGGCAGCUGCAGUGCUCAAGGCCCUUCCAAGCCCGGUCACGGCCCUGAGCCAGCUGCAGGGGCUGCCGCACUUUGGGGAACACUCCCGCAGGGUCGUCCAGGAGCUGCUGGAACAGGGAGUGUGUGAGGAGGUAGAGAGAGUCCGGCUCUCGGAGCGGUACCAAACCAUGAAGCUUUUCAUGGGGAUCUUCGGCGUUGGGGUAAAGACUGCUGACCGGUGGUACCGGGAAGGGCUGCGGACCCUGGACAGCCUCCAGGAGCAGCCCCAGAGGCUGACCCAGCAGCAGAAAGCAGGGCUCCAGCACUACCGGGACCUGAGCACCCCAGUCCAGCGGCCCGACGCCGAGGCGCUGCUGCAGUUGGUGAAGGCAGCUGUGGCGCCCAUCCUGCCUGGGGCCACCGUGACGCUGGCUGGUGGCUUCCGGAGGGGGAAGUUGCAGGGCCACGACGUGGACUUGCUCCUCAGCCACCCCCAGGAGGGCCGGGAGGCGGGGCUGCUGCCCAAAGUGAUGCAGUGUCUGGAGAAGCAGGGCCUCGUCCUGUACCAGCAGCACCACCGAGGUGGCUGCGGACACGCCGAGCCCCCGCCCCGCCAGAGCCACCCCAUGGAUGCCUUUGAGAGGACUUUCUGCAUUCUCGGCCUGCCGCAGCCCUCAGGGGUGCCUGUGGGGAGCACCCAGGGGCCCUGCCCCACCCGGAAGGCUGUGCGGGUGGACCUGGUGGCGGUCCCCAUCAGCCGGCUCCCCUUCGCCCUGCUGGGCUGGACAGGCUCCAAGCACUUCCAGAGGGAGCUGCGCCGCUUCUGCCGGAAGGAGAGGGGGCUGUGGCUGAACAGCUGCGGGCUUUUUGAUCCAGAGCAGAAGAUGCUUUUCCACGCAGCUUCGGAGGAAGACAUAUUCAGGCACCUGGGCCUUGAGUACCUUCCCCCGGAGCAGAGAAAUGCCUGAACCUACCCACCGGCCCGCUCUGCUCCUCUGCUCCGCUCAGCUCCAGCAAGCCAGGCCCUGUGGGCUCCAGGGAGAAGAGACCCAGGCCCCCCCCCAUGCCCUCUGGCCCCUGACUGGGAGCCCCAGCUAUGUGGGGUCCU